UAUAUUUUAAUACUAUUUUAUUAGUUUUAAGGUUUUAACAAUACGCCUCCUGCUUGGAUGUUUAUAAAUUAUGAAGUUUUCAUAUUUAUUUGGAAUUACAUUGUUUGUAAUAUGUGGGACGUACACUCAAGAAGUGACGUCGCGAUGUGAAGGGAAAAACUGUGACGGAAAUGCUACAAUUGAAGAAGAAGUUACAAAUCAAAAAUAUUAUGGAAAUCAAGAAGUGAAUCAUGAUAAAAAUCUGGAUGCGAUUGUAUUGAAUCCCGCGAGCAAUGGAAAUGCCGCUCAAAGAAAUCAUUUUCGAAACUAUUUUGAGUCGAAUCAAUACAUCGAACAAGGGGACGAUAAUACUGAAGUUGAGGUAGUGGAAUAUGAAGGACCUAGACCUCACAUUUUGACGAGACUCAAAGCUUUAAUGGGAAAUGGAGCCGAGUUCGAAAGCGGUGAUGAAUUAGAUGAAGCACAAUUUAGUGAUGAGAAUUUAUACGAUGGUGGCACGGAUUUGGGGUCAACAACAGCCGCCACGCCAGUACCGGAUAAAGAGCCACAACCUAAAGACGAAAAAGUCGAGGUUGACGAACCAGAAGACCUUGAAAAACAGAAGAUGGAAAGUGGAGAAACCUUUGCUAAGAUUUUAAAAUACAAUCAAGAACAACAUGUAGAAGGUGUAUUGGAAGGCGACAUGAAAUUUUCACGAUUAUAUAACUCUGCUACCGAUAUCGACAUAUGGCCCAAAACUACUUACGGAACAAUGGCAGGAAAAGUUUUAAUUCCUUACAAGAUUGCAGCCAAAUACAACCGCACAGAAGUUGCCAUUAUAAAAAGUGGAAUGGAAUUAUACACGAAGCACACAUGCAUUCGUUUUGUACCCAAAAAAUCAGAGAUUGCCUAUAUAUUUAUCACAGACGCCAAAGGAUGCUGGGCAUAUGUAGGCAAAACCGGUUAUUCGUCUCAGACAGUCUCACUUGGGCGACCAGGUUGUGUCGCGAAAGGAAUUACAGCCCAUGAACUUAUGCAUGUUGUCGGAUUCCAACACGAACAUUCACGUACCGAUCGUGACAAAUAUGUGACUAUUUUGGAGCAUAACAUUCAAAAAGACAUGAGGCAGAAUUUUGACGUCCACAAAAGCACAAAAAAUCUUGUGAUAUAUGAUUACAACAGCGUCAUGCAUUACAGCAAAACUGCAUUUUCCAAAUUUCAAUAUCUUCCAGCAAUUCAAAUUUAUCCCAAACGAAAACCGGAACCGGAAAUAGGACAACGAGACCGAAUGAGUCCGUAUGAUAUAGAAGAAAUCAAAUAUCUUUAUGACUGCAGUUCUGAUAGUUACACAAGAUGUGGAAAGGACUUUAUUAAUGAAAGGACAGAUUCGUUUGCUAGCCCGAGACAUCCUCUUAGUUAUCCUUCUGAAGCGCAUUGUACAUGGAAAAUCGUUGUUCCUAAAGGACGUUACGUUUCCGUAACUUUUACAAAGAUUGAUAUUGAAAGUUCGAACUUGUGCCAAAGAGAUGCAAUCUUAGUACAUGAUGGCCCAAAUGCUGCAGCACCUCGUUUGAAAGUAAUUUGUGGAACUAAAUCAUCAGCUGUUACAGUUGUCAGCACCGAUAACGAGAUGUUCAUCAUGUUUACAUCCGAUCCUAAUAAAAAUAGUUUCACCGGAUUUCAAGCAACUUUCAGACAAACUUACUCCAAAGGAGUUCGGCCACUACCGUAUACCGUACCUGCACUUGGAAGGAUUGGCUACACAGAAAAAACAUUCAAAUGUGACUUCGAUGACGGAGUUUGCGGAAUGCAACAAGAUACUUUAGACGAAUUAGAUUGGAUAAGAUACCGUGGAGCUACACCAAGUCAAGGCACUGGACCCAGCAACGACCACACCACAGGAAGCGGCCAUUACAUGUAUGUCGAAUCGUCUUUACCAUCAAAAAGUGGAGAUACCGCAAUUUUACGAACACCAUGGUUAACCAAAGAGAAAUACAAACCCCAUUGCGUUCAGUUUAGUUAUCACAUGCAUGGAUCUUACAUGGGAACACUGAGAUUAUACGCGUACGAAAAAAGAAAAAAUGACAACUAUGGACAUGAAGUUUUGUUAUGGGAAAAACACAGUAACCAAGGCAACAGAUGGUUUACAGAUGCAGUGACGUACAGACCAAAAUCUGACGUUGAUAAAGUACAAUUUUUCUGGCAAGCCUACGUUUUCUUCUACCAAUCUGAUUUCGGACUUGACGACAUUGAUAUCACCAACGCCGCUUGUAGCAUGGCUGCUUCCAAACCAGCUACAACCAGAAGAGUGGUUCUCAUCAGCCCAACUACGCAACCAAUCGUGCGGAAACCAACUACAACUACCACCACAACAACGAAACCAACUACGACACCAACCACGAUACCAAUACAGACUUCUCCAAUAGACGAAACAUCAUGCGAUUUCGACUCCGGAUUAUGUGGUUGGACUCAGGUCACCACCGAUGAUUUUGACUGGGAACGAGCAAAAGAUGGUACUCCUAGUCACAAUACCGGGCCUACUGGCGACCAUACAUCCAAGCAAGGUCACUUUUUGUUCAUCGAAGCUUCAAGUCCACGUAUAGCAGGUGACGUCGCUCGGCUUCUUUCUCCAAAAUUGACAACAAAACCGCAUUGCUUGCAAGUGUGGUACCAUAUGUAUGGUUCUCAAAUUGGUGCAAUAUUGAUAAAGCAAAUUACGAAUGGAGUGGAGCAAAAAUUGAUUGAAAAGGUAGGCAACAAGGGAGACAAAUGGUUGUACGCAGAAGUUGACGUUAUAACUCCAGCAGUAAAGACGGUGCGUGGUCCCAUAUACGGAAAAUGGAAAGAUGAAGCAUACACACAAGUCGCCAUUGAUGGUGUACGAGGAGGAGGUUACCCUGGUGAUCUUGCCAUUGAUGACGUCAAGAUUACGUCAUCACCAUGUGCGUCAACCCCUGUCAGAAAGCCGAAAGUUGAAUCUCAAGUUCGAGAGUUGUCUUGCAAUUUUGAUAAAAAAGAUAAUUUAUGUGGAUUUGUUAAUACCGAUGCUGAUAACUUUGACUGGGUACAACAUAGCGGAAAAACUCAGAGUGGAAGUACCGGACCCGAGUUCGAUCAUACUAUGGGAGAUGAAACCGGACUUUAUCUUUACACUGAGGCGUCUUCUCCAAGACAGAAAGGAGACAAUGCUACCCUGGUUUCACCAAAACUAGCUUCUGGAAAAUAUUGCGCCCGUUUCUACGUUCAUAUGUGGGGAUCCGGUAUGGGUGAUAUAAGGGUUUAUACAGCUGAAUAUAAGAAUGGCAGGACCGAAAACCGACAGAAACAGUGGGGAAUGUCCGGAACUCAAGGAAACUCAUGGUUGAAAGGCGAAUUUGAGUUUGAAACUUCUAUUAACAUCGAAUACGUUCAAUUAGAAUUUGUAGGUACAAUUGGACACACUUUCACUAGUGACGCGGCUCUUGAUGACAUCUCAGUUGUGCCAGGAAAAUGUACCGAUGCCAAUAUAGCCACUACAGUGACUACUUCAGCACCAACGACCACCAAAACAACAACGACUACAAAACCGACGACAACAAAGCGAAAACCCACAACAACGACACGAAAACCUACAACAACGACACGAAUAUCUACUACAACGACACGGAAACCUACGACAACGACACGGAAACCUACGACAACGACACAAAAACCUACCACAACGACAACUACCACGCCUAAACCAACUACCCAAAGAACGACUACCACCACAAGAACAACCACUACCAAAACACAAACUACAACUACCACAACAACUAAAGCGCCAACAACACCCACUAGGAGAACCACCACGACCAAACGCACGACAACUACUCGAAAGCCUACCACUACAACUAAGCAGAUAAAAACCACACUAAAACCAACUACUAGAAAAACUACUACACAGGCACCAACUAGGCAAAGAACACUCAAGCCAGACGGUAAGAACAGACCACGCACACGACCACCAACUACUGGACCAAUAUUAGGCGUAGCUAGAAUAAGACCGUACCCUAGAAGACCACAGCCUCGAAUCCUAACAAACCGAAAAACAACCACUGCUUCACCAAGAACAACUACACAAAAAUCCAGGAUAACAAUUGCAAAACCGAGGGAUUUUAAUUGCAAUUUCGAGUCCAGAAUCGAACCAUACUGUGGAAUGCAACAAUACACCACUGACAAGUUUGAUUGGAUAAGACAUUCUGGAAACACACCUAGUUCCGGAACAGGACCAAUUAACGACCACACUCUUGGAUCAACCAAAAAUGGAAACUAUCUGUUUAUUGAGGGAAGUAAGCCACGAACACCAAACGACAAUGCAAUUAUUACCACACCGGCUCUAUCCGCAAUACCUGAAGAAAGAUGUGUCGUGUUCUGGUACCAUAUGUAUGGAAACGGAAUAGGCAAACUUCGUGUUUAUUCGGAAUUGUCAAGAACCGGAAGUUUCAAGAAAUUCAGCAAAGCUCCAUCAAAAAUAACCGUGACAAGUCACGUCGAGUUUGAGCUUAGUGGAGAAAAGGGCAACGCAUGGAGAAUGGCAAAAAUAAAUGUUAAACGAAGUGUUCAAAAUCCAUCUGCAAGUCUAAGAUUUCAUUUUGAAGGAGUGAGAGGACCAAAAUUCCGAAGCGAUUUGGCUAUUGAUGAUAUUUGCAUCGCUGCAGGACCAUGUGGACCAACGUCUCCAUGUUUGAAAAAAGGACCUCGAUCAAAACCCACAAGACUAACAAGAAGGCCCGGCAGAGCAAGAAAACCUCAUCGUACAACGAAACCACCACAAACGACUCCAAGGCCAAAACCAAGAUUGUUGACAGAAACUACAACAAAACCAGUCAAAACAGAAACCGAUUUGCCAGUUCAGAUGCCAUUCUGUUCGUUCGAUUCGGUCAUAAAGAAGUCAAAACUUAAGGCAAAUUUGAACAAUGCAAAUGACGUGAUGUGCGGGUGGGAACAAGAGCAAAACGACGAUUUCGAUUGGACGAGACAUACAGGACAAACUCCUAGUGCGUCAACUGGUCCAGAUGGAGAUCACACGUCCGGAAAAGGUCACUAUCUUUUUAUUGAAUCAUCAGCUCCGCGAUCUGCAAACGAUGUAGCUGUCUUGAAAUCGAAACAAUUGUAUCCAACGCCAUAUUGUGUCAAACUAUAUUACAAUAUGAACGGGGUUGGUACCGGUGCAUUGGUGGUUCGAGCACAACAAGAAAUGACAAACAGACCAAUGACUUUGAAUAAUUUGAAAAUAUUGAAGGGACCAAAAGGCACGGCAUGGGGCAAGUUGGAAGUCUAUUACAGACCAAGAGGAAGCGUAAAGAAUGUCCAAUUCAGAAUCGAAGCAGUACGAGGGGAAGAUUACAUGUCUGAUUUAGCCAUUGACGAUUUGAACGUUACACCAGGGAAAUGUGAUUCCUGUUCAAGACCGAAUAGAAAAUUCAAAGACAACUUGGGGAAACAUCAGACAUUUUACACCGGCUGCAUCAACAGCAAAUUGUUUUAUGUAAAGUGUUGCAGUCUAGCUGGAGAAAAGAUCGUUUACAAAAACGUACCUAAAUGUUCAUUGAACUCUUUCACACCGGAGAAAUUAAAUUGGAUGUGCCAGUACGAGUGAUACUAAAUGUGAACUGUGCAACUCCGACGCCAUAUUAUGUCCAACACUAGUGUUCGCAUGGCCUACAAGCACCGCGACAUGGGCACUUUAGUUUGGGACUACAUAAUCGUGUGUUAAGAAUGAUGUAGCGUAAAUAUUUGUCACAGAUUGCCGCGUUUAUUGAAAUUAUUGUCACUAGGCAAAAAAAAUUAUAUACGUUUAACCUAUUGUGACGUCACUGCAGGUGACUUGAACGCCUUGCGGUUGAAUUUUAUUUUUUAUCAUAUUUUUAAUUGACAAAAUAUUUCUAUUUUUAAACAAAAUUGAUGAGUCAGCCUACAUAAACGUAGUGCUAUAUCACGGAAAGUCUGUAUGAGGAUGAUCGAUAUGCAUCCCGUUGCAGGAGAGUUCAUUUACAUGAUUAAAUAUGUACAAUAAAUUGAAGAAUAUAGUCGAGUACAUUUUUUUUAUUGCUAAGAAUACAUAUUAUGCGCGCGGGGCGCGUGUACUCGCUAUUUAACAUCAUUAACGUCAUUGUAUUGAAACUUCACCAUGUUCCAUUUUUAAUACUUACAAAUCAAUAUCUAUAAAGGUAUCAAAAGUGAUCUUGAGGUCAUACUCGGCCAUGUAUUUUUCACAGAAAUAGUGCGCUUUUUAGCACUUUCUGUGCUUGGUACGUAUUCAAGCCGAGGAUGACUGUCUUGUAAAUAUAUUGUCCGUUUCGCAUUUUCAAAAUAUCUCUCAAUGCUUUUACAAUUUCUUUCCGUCUCAUUUGUUCAGCGAAUUAUUCUUAUUCUGCGUUGAGCGCAAAAUAAAUUGUGUUUCCAUUCGAAAAAUAUCCAACUCAAUUUCAAGCCUGGCCAAAACUAGUCAUAGGUGGAAAUCCAUUCGAAAAUGAAUAUACGCUUUGAAUUUCAAGUAUUACAGUUUUUAUGUUUGGUUUGUUAGAGUGUGUAUAAGUGUUUUGCUAGUUGUUCACCAUAUUAUUUCAUAUGAUCUUAGCGAUAAGAAUGGUUUGUUUCGCCCUUUUCCAAAUCUUCCUGGGACUAAUUCAAACUUGCUUGCAAGUUUUCUUAUGUGUACUUUCUUUGAUAUAUAUACCUAUAAAUUUUGUUAUAGAAUGACUUUUGUGCAUAACUUUGAGAAUAAAAAUCCAGAUACGAGA